AUGAUAUAAGGAACCGGAAUAUUCCGUAAUAUGAUUAUUGCUGUCAAUUGAUAUCUAUAUUAAUAUUUUUAGCAAACAAUGUCAUACAUUGAAUGCAUUCAAUACACGAGUGUUUCACUAUUGACAGCAAUUAUCACAUAUCGUCUCAUUUGUCAACACUUUGUCUGGAAGUCAAAGAAAGAUAUCAAUACAUCAUUGAAUGGCAAAACAGUGGUCAUUACGGGAGCUACUGCUGGUAUCGGCAAAGAGACAGCCAAAGAGUUGGCCAAACGUGGGGCCAGAGUUGUGAUGGGAUGUCGUGACAAACGAACCGCACUUGAAGUCAUACAAGAAAUCACUGCAAACAACGACCACAAGACUGUCCCAAAUGUUAUCUACAAAAACAUAGACUUGUGUUCAUUCUCUUCGGUUAAAGAUUUUGCUGAAGAUAUCAUCAAAAGUGAACGAUCCGUUGAUAUACUUAUCAAUAAUGCGGCAGUUUUGGGACCACCGUUUGCAUUAACCACCGAUGGAUUUGAGACACAGAUGCAGACCAAUCACUUAAGUAGCGCUUUACUCACAUUAUUAUUAUUACCAAAAAUGCAAUCUUCGACCCAAACAUCUCUAAGAAGUCGUAUACUAAUGAUUACAUCAACUCUUUAUCGCAAAGGAGUCAUCAAUGAUAACGACUUCAUUAAAGAAAACGUAUCAAAUGAUACUUAUAACCGAAGACAGGCCUACAAUAACAGUAAAUUAGCUAAUAUUCUGUUUGCACGACAUCUUCAUCGGGAUAUUGUUCGCCACAAUCUACCAAUAGAUGUUGUCUGUGUCAGUCCAGGCAUAGUUUGGACCAAAUUAGGUCGACAUUUGCCAUUAAAAUGGUGGCAAUAUUUUCUUCUUUUGCCUUUUGCUGCACUAUUUGUCAGAACUCCACGACAGGGCUCACAGACACCCAUUCAUUGCGCGACUUCACGGACACUCAUCAGUGACUCUUUAUACAGAAACUGUAUCCCAAAAGUAUGGGAAGGAAAUGUAUGCGAUAGACAACUGUCCGACAAAGUAUAUGAAUUAACAAUGAAAAUCAUCGAUAGAUAUCUACCCUAA